GCGUGUCAUCAUUUCUGGAGUUAACGCGGCAGAGUCAUCCGAGGCGACUGGAACUCUUCUCAUAUGUGGAUUCUUUACAAACCCCAGUGAAACAGUCCAGGAAAUCGUUUUCCUGAACGCAGAGACUGAAUCAGCGGGGGGAGAGCAUGGAGAAAUCGGCAAAGGCCGUGACGACGCUGUGGAAAUUAAAAUGUUCAGGCCAGGGAUGUUUAUGCUAACACACAGCCUGGUCUGACUGAGCCUCUUACUUCUCGCCACAAUGAUGUUUUCUCCUCUCUCUCUGUCUCAGGAUGAGUUCCAUCCAUUCAUUGAGGCUCUGCUGCCCCAGGUCCGUGCCUUUGCCUACACAUGGUUCAACCUCCAGGCCAGGAAAAGGAAGUACUUCAAAAAACAUGAGAAAAGGAUGACUAAAGAAGAAGAGAGAGCUGUCAAAGAUGAACUGCUUGGGGAGAAGGCAGAGGUGAAACAGAAGUGGGCUAGCCGUCUUUUAGCAAAGUUAAGAAAAGACAUUAGACCUGAAUGCAGAGAAGACUUUGUCCUGUCAGUCACUGGGAAGAAAGCUGCGUGUUGUGUCCUGUCCAACCCUGACCAGAAAGGCAAAAUGAGACGCAUAGACUGUCUACGACAAGCUGACAAGGUGUGGAGGUUAGACCUAGUGAUGGUCAUCCUGUUUAAAGGAAUCCCAUUGGAAAGCACAGAUGGAGAGCGGUUGGUGAAGGGUGGCCAGUGCUCCAAUCCAGUCCUCUGUGUCCAGCCUCGACACAUCUCUGUCUCCAUCAAAGAGCUCGACCUCUACCUUGCUUACUAUGUACAGGAGAGAGAGGCAGAGCAGAGCAGCAGUCCCAGUCGUACAGGAGUGGGUUCUGAUCAGGAGGACAGUCGAACUGCCACCAUGGGUAAUAUAAAUUAUGGUCCAGAGUUUCAGGAGAGUUUUGUAACAUCAGGAGUUUUCAGUGUUACUGAGCUGGUCCAAGUCUCAAGAACUCCAGUAGUCACAGGAGUAGGACCUAGUUUCUCUAUGGGGGAGCUGCAGGGUCAUCUGGCCUAUGACCUCAACCAGUCUGUCAACCAGCCAGUCAGCCUCAGACGAUCACUGGCCAGCACUUCAUCCAGCGGGAGUAAGCGUCAUAAGUCUGGCUCUAUGGAGGAAGAGGCCGAUAGUCCAGGAGGGGACUAUUACCACUCACCUUCCUCUCCUGCCAGCAGUUCUAGAAACUGGACUGAUGACAUGGAAGGAGGUAACAGUCUGUCUCCUCCAGUGAAGAAGACAGAGCUGGACAGUCCAUCUCCCCAGGAAGACUCACCGAGGCUGGGUUCCUUCACUCAGCACCACCGGCCAGUCAUAGCUGUUCACAGUGGUCUGUCACGGAAUCCCCACCCCUCCUCAUCUCUUCAUUUCCCAUCCUCGUCUUACUUCCCCCACGGAGCAAUCCGCUAUCCUCCUCACUUGGCCCAGGAUCCCUUAAAAGAUCUGGUUUCAUUGGCCUGCGACCCAGCCAAUCAGACCCCCAGUUCACUGAAUGGCAGCAACCAGGUUAAAGUGCCCAGUCACUACAUCACCUCUCAAAUGUUGGUACCUCCUGGACCAGCACCCUCCCUGGCUCCUCCCCCAUCCUCCCUCCCCAGGCCAACACUGUCUGCAGAGUCAAAGGCCACUCCCACCUCCUCUGAUGGGGGAGCAAACUCCCCCACAUCACCCAUCUUGGUAUCUGGGCAACUGAGUGAACUCUGGAGGAAAGGUGAUUGUCAUGGCAGUAAUGUCCUGGAGGAAAGGAAACAAUGUUGUCAAGACAUUGCCAGAGAAAAAAUAUAUUCGGCUUUAUAGAAGCAUGGCGUGCGGUCAUACCUAUAUAUAACUAUAUAGUGAAAUAUAUUUAUAUAUGUGUAUGUACCCAGAAGAGUGAGCCUGGAUUGAAGUAGGAUGCUUCUCUCUCUCAGCCAUUUUUGCAGCCCCAGAAUGAACUAUGCUAUAUGACACUAAAUGGCUCUCACAAAAUGGCCACUAACGUGAGCUGUGAUUCUCAAGUGAAAGCAAUGUAUUGAUGCAGAUGUCUGGUUGGUCCAGAUGAGCUGCAGAUCAGACCCAGGCCUCAACCCACUAGAUCCUAAAAAGCUUAUAACCUAAUUGUGUCCCCAGGAUGAGACCUAUUUCUCUGGGAUGGAUGUCAGCCUUUGCCCCUCUUCCCCUAAGUCUCCACACUAAAUCAAGUUUAAGGCCUCCU